AUGACGUCCAACAAAAAAUCAAGGCUUCCCCCAUAUCAACCGGGCGAGCAUGUUAGCCCUUCGGUGCAUUUGAACUGUGUUCUGCUGACAACCACAGUGGUCAACUUCUUGGAUCUCUUUCAACUUUCCUCGGUACUCUUUGCCCUUCCGAAUAUCCAGCAGGCUCUUGGAUUCGCGAGUGAAGAUAUCAAUUGGGUUUUGAUUGUAUACAACAUCACUUUUGCAGCGUUCCUUCUGAUUGCUGGACAACUGGGACAGAGGUUCGGGCUGGAAAAGAUAUUCAUUGCCGGCACAGCUACUCUCACCAUAUCCAACGUUAUCAACACGACCGCACCAAACAAAGGUGCCUUGCUGGCCGGUCGUGCCAUUUCCGGAGUCGGUGCUGGGUUGACUGCCCCGAAUGGACUCGCAAUCCUCAGCAAUACAUUCCCAGAUCCGGAGUCCCGCAACAAAGCAUUGGCCAUCUACACUGCAUGUGGCCCUCUUGGGUCGACUAUCGGCACUGUCGUCGGUUCUCAUCUGGCAUGUAUGUCAGGCUGGAGAUCAAUCUUCUGGCUGUGUCUGAUCCUCACAGGCCUUUCAACAAUACUGGCCUGUUUAUUUCUGCCACGGUUUGCAAAGAGAAAGGACAUGCCUAUUGAUAUACCCGGUACCGUUGUCUUUACCGCUGGUGUAGCAUUACUGGUCUACGGCCUCAAUGACAGCUCGCGCAGGGGUUGGACAUCCGCUGCAAUGCUGACGGGGAUUAUCCUGGGAGUUUGUCUCCUUUUUGUCUUCCUCUGGGUGGAGGCCAAGGUUUCCAACCCAGCUAUCUCCAGUUACCUGUGGAAGUCUGGCCCCUUUCUCGUGAUGCUGGUUGCCAUUUUCGCCUUUGGAGGGAGCUUUAGUACGUGGUUCUUCAUCUCCACCCAACUCUGUGUCAAUCUCCUUGGUUACUCUACAAUCCUAACCGCCGUGUAUUUUCUGCCCGCUGCCUUUGCCGCUAUCGCAAGCGGAGUUUUUGCUACCCCCCUCAUACGACUCGCAGGGGAGAAGAACAUCCUCGUGGCCGGGCUAGCCAUCACCGCCGCUGGUGCUGUCGCCUGGGCAUUUGCUGGACCCCGGAUCGGGCCGGCGGUACCCACCACGGGGAGGGAUACUGCCAUCAUCUUUGUGAUCGGCAGUCCCGUCGCUCUUGUGCCGACUCAAAGUAUUCUUCUCCGCGAGGUCGAAGCGGGGAACCAUGCGGUUGCGGGUGCGCUGUUCAAUACCGCCUACCAGGUGGGUGCGAGCGUCAUUCUGGCCGGGGCGAAUGCUUUGAUGGAUAGGAGCCGCGCGAAUGUACAGGGGGUGAGGCAGGUUACCAUAGACGGGUACUUGAACGCCUUUUGGUUGAUAGCUGGUGUGCUUGGGGCUGCCGCGUUGACUGUUAUGGUUUGCUAUUGGCCUGGGAAAGAUGACCUGGUAGAGAGGCAGACGGAAGAGGCCAAUGCAGUGGGGCCUCUUGCAGUGGACAAAGUGGACACGAGCAAAGAUGCAACUGCGAGUGCCAGGAGUGUCGCAGACACAAGGCUGUGA